UGAUUCUCUUUCAUUUCUUCUCGCUUCUCAGAACUUCGUUUUCGCUUUCUUCGUCACUCUCUCACACUUUCAAACCCUAAUCUUCAGUCUCCCUAGGGUUUACGCUAAUAUCAAUUAAGAAGCAUCAGAAACGCAACGAAAAUGGCGUCUUUGGAUCAGGAGAUUGCAAAGACGCAGGAAGAGCGCAAGAAGACGGAGCAGCAACUCGCAUCCCUCACUUCUCUCACCUUCGACACUGACCUCUAUGGCGGUUCCGACAAGGGCUCCUACCUCACCUCAAUCCCUGCCAACGAAGAUGAAGAGAAUGUCGAUGCCAUGGAUAACGAGGUUGCCCGCAAGGUUGCCUCCUAUACUGCCCCCAAAUCUCUGCUCAAGGAGAUGCCCGGUGGUGAUGACAGCGACGCCGGAUUGGGGUUCAGGAAGCCGCAGAAGAUUAUCGACAGGGAGGGUGAGUACCACCAAAGGAGGCUCAAGCAGGUCAUCUCGCCGGAGCGCCACGAUCCCUUCUCUGCUGGCGAGAAGACACCGGACCCCUCCGUCAGGACCUACGCUGAUGUCAUGAGGGAGCAGGCGCUGAAGAGGGAGAAGGAGGAGACCUUGAAGGCCAUUGCUAAGAAGAAGAAGGAAGAGGAGGAGGCUGCUAAGGCAGCGCCACCACAGGCUGCACCGGCGCAGCAGCAGCAGCAGCAACAGCAACAGCAGAAGCGGAGAAACAGGUGGGACCAGUCACAAGAUGAGGGUGGUGCUGCAAAGAAGUCGAAAACCUCGGAUUGGGAUAUGCCGGACACAACUCCGGGGAGGUGGGAUGCCACCCCUACCCCGGGGAGGGUGACUGACGCGACUCCAGGAAGGAGGAACAGAUGGGAUGAGACUCCUACGCCUGGGAGGUUGGUGGACUCAGAUGCAACACCUGCUGGUGGUGUUACCCCUGGUGCUACGCCUGCUGGGAUGACUUGGGAUGCUACCCCUAAGCUCUCUGGCAUGGCUACCCCAACCCCGAAGAGGCAGGGUUCUAGGUGGGAUGAAACUCCUGCUACUAUGGGCAGCGCAACCCCUUUGCCCGGUGCUACUCCUGCGGCUGCUUAUACCCCUGGUGUGACCCCUGCUGGUGGGUUUGGACUGGCCACUCCAACCCCCGGGCAAUUGCGUGGCUCUGUGACCCCGGAGCAGUAUAAUUUGUUGAGGUGGGAGAGGGAUAUUGAGGAGAGGAAUAGGCCUUUGACUGAUGAGGAGCUUGAUGCCAUGUUUCCUCAAGAAGGAUAUAAGAUUUUGGAGCCACCUGCUUCAUAUGUGCCUAUUAGGACCCCUGCGAGGAAGCUUCUUGCGACGCCUACUCCGAUGGGGACUCCUCUUUAUCAGAUCCCUGAGGAGAACCGUGGUCAGCAGUUUGAUGUUCCUAAGGAAGCACCUGGUGGGUUGCCAUUCAUGAAACCCGAGGAUUACCAGUAUUUUGGUGCUUUGUUGAAUGAAGAAAAUGAAGAGGAGUUGUCACCUGAUGAGCAGAAAGAGAGGAAGAUCAUGAAACUUCUGCUCAAGGUGAAGAAUGGAACGCCCCCUCAAAGGAAAACAGCUCUAAGACAGCUCACUGAUAAGGCUCGUGAGUUUGGUGCUGGGCCGUUGUUUAACAGGAUUUUGCCCCUGCUCAUGCAACCUACACUGGAGGACCAAGAGAGGCACUUGUUGGUUAAGGUAAUUGAUAGGGUUUUGUAUAAAUUGGAUGAAUUGGUUCGCCCUUAUGUGCAUAAGAUUCUUGUUGUGAUUGAACCUUUGUUGAUUGAUGAAGACUACUAUGCCCGUGUGGAGGGGAGAGAAAUCAUCUCUAACCUUAGUAAGGCUGCUGGUUUGGCCACUAUGAUUGCAGCCAUGCGACCUGAUAUUGAUAACAUCGAUGAAUAUGUUAGGAACACUACUGCUAGGGCUUUUAGUGUUGUUGCUUCAGCUCUUGGUAUUCCUGCGCUCUUGCCCUUUUUGAAGGCUGUCUGUCAAAGUAAGAAAUCAUGGCAGGCUCGGCACACGGGGAUUAAGAUUGUUCAACAGAUUGCUAUUUUAAUUGGUUGUGCAGUUUUGCCACAUUUGAGAUCCCUUGUGGAAAUUAUUGAGCAUGGUCUGAAUGAUGAGAAUCAGAAAGUGAGAACCAUCACUGCUUUGUCUCUUGCUGCUCUUGCAGAGGCUGCAGCUCCUUAUGGUAUUGAAAGUUUUGACUCUGUGUUGAAGCCACUAUGGAAGGGUAUCAGGCAACACCGUGGUAAGGUGUUGGCUGCAUUUUUGAAGGCCAUUGGUUUUAUCAUUCCAUUGAUGGAAGCUCUAUAUGCCAGUUACUAUACUAAGGAAGUGAUGCUUAUUCUGAUUCGUGAAUUCCAGUCACCUGAUGAGGAAAUGAAGAAAAUUGUUCUGAAAGUGGUGAAGCAAUGUGUGAGCACCGAGGGUGUGGAGGCGGAUUAUAUUAGAAAUGAUAUCCUCCCUGAGUUUUUCAGGAAUUUCUGGGUUAGGAGGAUGGCUCUGGAUAGAAGAAAUUAUAAGCAACUUGUCGAGACUACUGUAGAGAUUGAUAAAGUUGGUGUUGCUGAUAUUGUUGGAAGGAUAGUUGAGGAUCAAGAUGAGAGUGAACCUUACAGGCGAAUGGUUAUGGAGACUAUUGAGAAGGUGGUCACGAACUUGGGAUCAUCUGAUAUAGAUGCAAGGUUAGAAGAGCUUCUCAUUGAUGGUAUUCUAUAUGCAUUCCAAGAGCAGACCAGUGAUGAUGCUAAUGUGAUGCUUAAUGGGUUUGGUGCUGUUGUGAACUCCCUUGGGCAGAGAGUGAAACCUUAUCUUCCUCAGAUUUGUGGUACCAUCAAAUGGCGUUUAAACAACAAGAGUGCAAAGGUGAGACAGCAAGCAGCAGACCUUAUUUCAAGGAUUGCUGUUGUUAUGAAGCAGUGCCAUGAGGAACAACUGAUGGGCCAUCUUGGUGUUGUGUUGUAUGAAUAUUUGGGAGAGGAAUAUCCCGAAGUUCUUGGGUCAAUUUUGGGAGCUCUCAAGUCAAUUGUCAAUGUUAUUGGUAUGACGAAGAUGACUCCACCUAUCAAAGAUUUGCUUCCCAGGUUGACACCAAUUUUGAAGAAUAGGCAUGAGAAAGUGCAGGAAAAUUGUAUUGAUCUUGUGGGGAGAAUUGCUGACCGUGGUGCAGAGUUUGUGCCAGCUAGAGAAUGGAUGAGGAUCUGUUUUGAGCUUCUUGAGAUGCUGAAGGCACACAAGAAGGGAAUUCGAAGGGCGACUGUGAACACUUUUGGUUAUAUUGCAAAAGCCAUUGGUCCACAGGAUGUCUUGGCAACUCUUCUGAAUAACCUCAAGGUGCAGGAGAGGCAGAACCGUGUCUGCACUACUGUAGCAAUUGCAAUAGUUGCAGAGACGUGCUCGCCUUUCACUGUGUUACCUGCUUUGAUGAAUGAGUACCGUGUGCCAGAGCUCAAUGUGCAAAAUGGUGUUCUCAAGUCACUCUCUUUCCUCUUUGAAUACAUUGGUGAAAUGGGAAAGGACUACAUCUAUGCUGUGACUCCAUUGCUUGAGGAUGCUCUCAUGGACAGAGAUUUGGUUCAUAGGCAGACGGCGGCUUCUGCUGUGAAGCACAUGGCGCUGGGAGUAGCUGGAUUGGGUUGUGAGGAUGCUCUAGUCCAUUUGCUGAACUAUGUCUGGCCAAACAUUUUCGAAACCUCUCCACACGUGAUCAACGCUGUGAUGGAAGCCAUCGAAGGGAUGAGGGUAGCCUUGGGUGCUGCCGUUAUUCUCAACUACUGCCUCCAAGGGCUGUUCCACCCAGCAAGAAAGGUUAGGGAAGUGUAUUGGAAGAUCUAUAAUUCACUGUACAUCGGAGCUCAGGAUGCUCUUGUAGCUGCAUACCCCAUCUUGGAGGAUGAGCAGAACAAUGUGUACAGCAGACCAGAGUUGAUGAUGUUCGUGUAGAUCAUAGUUUAGUCACUAAUUGAUAUCUGUUGUGUUUAAGCACUUGUCAGUAUUUUUAUUAUGUCCAUAUUAACAAUAAUGUUUUAUCAUAUCUGGACUUACCUAGUGAUGCCUACUUUUGAAUGCUAAAUUUAUAUCCUUCUACGUCGUACUAUUAUUAUGCAUGAAUGAAUGAGGAAUUCUUCUA